CUAGUGAUCGGCAACAAAUUCCAUUCCAGUGCUCUCUGUUCAGUGCUCACGCGGCAGAGAAGGAUCGAGCGACGACCACAGAUCGGUCAUGGCAACCCUCGCCUCCUCCUCGUCCUCCUCCUCCCCGCGGUGCGUCCCCUUCGCCUUCCGCCGCGGCGGCGGCGAGCGCCGCGCGCGCGGGCUGCCGGCGCCUGCAGCAGGUUCCCACGCCCUCGGCCCCGGGCCGGCGGCAGGGUGCGGCAGGCCGCUGUGCCGCGCCGCGGAGGUGGUGGGCGGCGGCAUCCGGGGCGCGUUCUUCGCGUCGCUGGACCGGUGCUCCUGCGUCGAGGUGCGCACUAAGCACGACGACGACUCAUUCAGGAUGGCCGACGCCGCGCCCCUGAUGCGCGACGGCAGCAGCUACGGCGCCGCCUCCGGGAGGACGGCGUCCGGCGGGAAAGGCAAUAAGCAGCGGCAAGGACUCGGAUGCUGCGCCGCCAACAGCAGUAGCGUCAACUGAUCGAUUAAUCGAAAGCGAGCUAGUAGUUGAUUACUGGAUCUUUGUGUUUCUUUUCUCAGUUCUUGGCUCAUGUACUCCGAUGAUGUGUCAACAUCAUCAUCGAUGGGCCAGUACAGUAGAGGUGGUUCAACCGUAUGCAUCGAUCUGUGCAUUAUUAGUCAUUCUGGCAAGUUAAUAAGUCAAAUCAAAUCCAUGCAUGCUGUUCGUCGUA